AGGCCCGCCUCCCCGAGCCCUCCCCGCUUGCCCUUUCUCGCGGCAGGGCAGUUCUGUCUUGUCGGUCCCCCUCCUCUUCCGCCCCGCUGUCCUGAUUCUCUUUCCCUCCUUCCCUCAGAGGAUGUCCUCCUUCCAGCUCAACCUCAACCCGCUCAAGGAGCCGCUCGGCUUCAUCAAGGUCCUCGAGUGGAUUGCUUCUAUCUUUGCUUUUGCCACCUGUGGAGGUUUUAAGGGCAAAACAGAAAUUCAAGUGGCUUGUCUAACUAAUAAAUCUGACAAUAAAACGAUUACAGCUACUUUUGGUUAUCCAUUCAGGUUGAAUGAAGCAUCAUUUCAGACACCUCAAGGUGUAAAUGUGUGUGAUGUAGAUUGGAAAAGUCAUGUCCUUAUUGGAGAUUACUCUUCUGCUGCAGAAUUCUAUGUUACUUUUGCAGUCUUUGUCUUCCUGUACUGCAUUGCUGCUCUUCUGCUAUAUGUUGGUUACACGAACCUGUAUCGUGAUAGUCGAAAACUUCCCAUGAUUGACUUUGUUGUUACUCUUGUUGCCACUUUUUUGUGGUUGGUGAGCACUUCAGCCUGGGCUAAAGCUCUUACAGAUAUUAAAACAGCUACCGGUCACAAUAUUGUCCAGGAACUUCUGCCUUGUAAUCAACAGAGAGUGAUAUGUCAUUUUGGCUCUGUGACUAGUAUGGGAUCCCUAAAUGUAUCUGUGAUCUUUGGCUUUCUGAAUAUGAUACUUUGGGGAGGAAAUGCAUGGUUUGUGUACAAGGAGACCAGCUUACACAGUCCCUCAAAUACUUCUACUUCCCAUAGCCAAGGAGGUAUUCCUCCUCCAACUGGAAUAUAAUUGAAGGGAGAAGUACAGUACACUGUUUGAAGUAGAUGUCUAUACUAUGACCUGUUGCCAACAUCUUGAGAAGCAUUUUUUGUUUCUAAUAAAAGUAAUGGCUUUUUCAAUAAAUUGGUGGGUUUAAAAUUUUGCUGCUUUUUUACAUAAAGCUUGUGCCUUUCCUAGAAAUUUAAGAUGUAAAUGUAUUCUCACAUGUGAAUUUGAAAAUUCUGGGGCCUAUUAUGAGAUGAUACACAUUUUUAAAUGGACAAUAAUUUCUUCACUAAGUUGUUUGCCUUCCAAAGUGUUUACACCUUAAGCCUUAACAUACAUCUUCACUGAGAAAAGAGUUAUAUUGUUAUAUCAUAAUAGGAAGAAAAUCUCUAUUGGAAUAUACACUACUGUAAGUUUGUACAGAUCAUAUUCCUAAGACCUGUCUUUGUUUAAGAAAGUCUUGAUUACGUAAAUCAUAUUUAGAAAAAACAUUUAGUUCACAGUUUAUAUCUGAACAUUGUUUAUAUGUUAUGAAAAAUUUUUAAUACAAAGGCUGCAUGUAUGUUUUAUUUCUGUUUUUCUAAAUGACCUACAGUACUUGACAGGUGUACUAAAGUUGUUUUGGGAGUGGGGUUUAGAAAUUUCUAUUAGAUGUAUAGUUAAUUUAGUAAUUCUCUUGCAUGAGGUAUAAGCUUCCAUUAUGUUGGUUAUUUAAUAGAUUGGCUAUAUAAGUAGAACAUGGUUCACCGAGAUGUUUUGAUAUGUAUGGGCAUUACUCCUAGUGAUAUUUGUUUGCUGUCCUUUGUUGCUCAUACUCCUUCAGUGCAGGCUGAGGCCUCAUCUCCUUGUAAGUACAGUAAAAUAAUCUACCUUUUUUUGCAGACUAUUCAUAGGGUUACAAAAAAUGAAGGUUGCCUUUUACUUUUGAAACAUUUAACAUUUAUAUUCAAUGAAGUUGCUAUUUUGAGUUUAGUAUUGGUAUUGUGAAAAUGAAUGCAAUUUGGAUCUCAUGUUUCUUAAUGUUAUUCUUAUUUCACAAAUGGAUAAUUAAGGAAUUAUACAUAAUAAACAGGGAACCUAAGGGGGCUCUAUUAUGGGUGUGCUGUCUUUGCUCACACAUUUGGGUGUCUUCUGAAUAUAGGGCUUAUUCACAUUUUGCUACCUAAUAUUUUUGCUGUACAGGCCCAGAUUUCCUACUACCACAUAAUUGUUUAUAUGUGAAGCACAUCUUUCUAUUGCCUUAUUUUUGUUGCUUUUGUUCAUGACAAGCAUUGUCAAUAUGAGAAUGUAUAUCUUUUAUGCAACCAGCUUAAUAAAGAAGUUAAAGGAAAGAGUGCACUGAUUGUUAUAUUACAAAGGAACUUUCCUCUUAAAGGCAUGAGCAAUGCAAAAUGGAAUGGAUUUACAAAGCAAGAAAUAGAAUAUCACAAUAGUUUUUUUUUUAAUAUUUGGCAACAAAUAAAAGAAAAAAUGCUUUGGAGACACUGGUUCUAUCCAUUUUUCUUUCAAUCUCAUUUUUAAAAUGCUUAUUUGUAACUUUCAGAUUAAGUUUUACUGAUAAACCUUUUCUAAUUGACUGUCCAGUUGGCAGCAAAGAUUCUUGAUUAAGAGUGUAUGCUCUGGAGCCAAACUGCCUGAAUUUGAAUCUUGGCUUCACCACUUACUAGCUCAUUAACUUCAGGCAAAUUACUUACCCUCUGUAUGCCUCAGUUUGCUUAUCUGAAAAACAGGAAUAAGAAUGCUAACCUCACAAAGUAUUUAUGAGGUUGAAGUGAGUUAAUAAAUAUAAAGUCCUUGGAACAGUGUUUAGCAUUACUUUAUAAAUUUUGCCUAUGACUACUAAAUUCUGAUAGCAUGUAAGAUAGAGAUUCUUGAGUCCACAGGGCUAAGGUGGGGGGAGGGUGGUGGUCUUGGGCAGAGAGGUAGGAUGAGCUUCAGGAUUACAUGAGUCUCCCUUUAUAUUCCUCAGAGUCCUAGAUGUUUUGAUGUAUAUUUUUCUGUUGAUGUUAGAUGUACGUAAAGUUAAUGACAUUAAAUGUUAAUAGCUAAUGAGAUCACAGUAGAUCUAGGAAAGAGUCGAUUCUGUUGCCUUUCACUCUCUGAUUUUGAGUCAACAUUACAGGGUUAAGUGAUUUAUAGGAUAAUUUCCAGGACAGAAGCAAUAAAAGCUUUGACUUACUAGGUGAUAGGUUGCAAAGAAUUUUUUGUAAACAGCAUUAUUACUAAUGUUUUUGUGAAUUGAAGUCACUUAGAUAAAAAUACUUAAUUUUUAGUCUACUGUAAAUGUUAAGGUCAGUUGCUUGUUAUGUACUUUAUGUUUCACACUUAAUUUAAAAAUUUAAAAUUGUGUAGCAUUUAAGAUGGGUAAGUAUAAGAAAUAGUAUAUAACCAAGUCUCCACCACUAAAGAAAACAGAUGUUAACAUUUUGUUUUAUUUAUGUCAGAUUUGGUUUUGUCUUUUUAAGGAAAUAAAACAUUACAGAUACAGCCUUUUCCUUACUGAAGUAGAUUUUUCUCACCUUUCACUAUUAGAAAUAGCACAAAUAGCACUGAAAUAAAUACUUUUGCAAAACGUGUGAAGGCUUCUCUAGGACAUAUCACUAGAAGUAGAACUGUUGGAAUGUGAGGUAUUCACAUUUUCAGUUGUAACCUAGGUAUUACAGAAUUGAUCAAUAAGGUGCAUGUAUCGUAUCAGCUUAGUCUCCCACUAACAAUAUGUAAGAGUCCCUGUGGCCCUGUAUUCUUGUCCAUGCUUGAUGUUAUUGUACUGUUGCCAGUAUGAUGGAUUUGAGAUAGUGUCUUUGAUGUUUUUAAAUUUGUAUUUCUUAGAUUGCUAUUUGAGUUUGGUGGUCCCUUUCUGUAUUUAUUGGCCACUUAGGUUUGCCCGACUCUGCACUGCCUAUUCAUAUCCUUUGCCAAUUUUUCUGUUGUGGUUGUCAUUUUCGUAUUGAUGUGAGUUGCUCUUUAUUCUGGAUACUAAUCCUUUGCAGAUGUCUUCUUCCUGUCCAUAGCUUGUAUUUUCACUUUGUGAUUUUUGUCAUACAAAAGUUUAUCGUAAUACUGAUUUCACUGUCUUCAUAGUUUGUGCUUUUUGUGUCUUAAGAAGUCCUCUUCUCACCAUCACAAAGAUAUCCACCCCUGUUUUCUUCUGAAAAUGUUAGUUUUUAGGUUUUUAAGCCAUUGGGAGUAUAUUUUUGUAUAUAGUUUGAGGUAGGGAUCUAAUUUUUAUAAUUUUUAAUAUUCAUAGCCAGCUUUCAUAGUACCCUUUAUGUAAAAGUUCAUCUUUUGGGCCUUUCUCACCUUCUGAGAUGGCCCACACUCUGUCUGUGGAGUGUUUCUCUCUAAAUAAACCCACUUCUUACCUAAAAAAGAAAAAAAAUUUUUUAAAGUUCUUUUUGUUCCCUCUUUCAUUUAUCGUUUCCGUAUUAUUUGUAGCUCUUUAUGUUCUAUACCAAUAUCAUAUCAGCUCUAUCACCCUUUAAUUAUGUUACUUUAUGGAAAGAAUUACCAUCUGAGAGGAUAAGCACCACAGCACCAUCAUUAUUGUUAUUGACAGUGGUCUUGGCUGUCAUGAGCCCUAUACCCUUUCAUAGAAAUUUUAGGAUCAGCUGGGCAAGUUCCUAAAAACCUUUGGGGUUUCAGUUGAAAAGAAUUGCAUUGAAUUUAUAGAUCAAUUUGGGAUAAUUGUCAUAUUUAUAAUGCCAAGGCUUUGUACUUAUGAGCAAAGUAUAUCUCUC